GAAGAAGAAGAAGAAGAAGAAGAAGAAGAAGAAGAAGAAGAAGAAGAAGAAGAAGAAGAAGAAGAAGAAGAAGAAGAAGAAAAGAGAGAAACAUGGCGGCGUCGUCCAAGAAAGUGUUCGAGGUCUUCGUCUCUAAAAUACCAUGGACUACUGCCGGCAAAGAGAUGAGGGAGUACUUUGGGCAGUUUGGACCCGUGAAGAAGUGUCUUCUUCCAUUUGAUAAAGACACAGGCUUCCACCGAGGCUUCUGCUGGGUGGGCUUCACAACAGAGGAAGGACUGAACAAUGCACUUCAGAAAGACCCACACAUGCUGGAGGGUGCAAAGCUGCAGGUUCAGAUGAACAGACGUCCAUUUGCAGGGCAGAGGUCAAACAGAGAUGGUGAACAUGACUGAAGCGCUGUGAUACUGGUGUGGACGGAGACUGACGUGCUAUUGGUAUUGUCCAGAACCAGUUCACUGAGACUGUUUGCUCCUGCUUCCUCAGCCGUUUGAUAUUUGUGGGACAUUUAGACCAGUAUACCAGGUUUGUGUAUAUAUAUCCAUUCUGAUGUACGACCUAAGUGUGUUAUUCCUUUUGUACACCUUCAGUGGCUUUGUGCCUGACCAUGAUUGCCACUGUUUUAUUGCGCUGUGCAGUACUAGUAGUCAUUAUUCUCAGUGAUGGUAGUGUACUUCCUGUAAGCAUCCUGCCACACAUCAACAGUUAAUAGAAGGUUAAUGCCAACUUUACCAUUCCCUGAUCAUUCAUUCAUCUCCAGUAUAAACCAAUAAAAAAUGUUUGGGAUCUA